AGGACCGCGCGCCGCGAGGCCCCGCGCGUGCGUGCAGUCUCUCGCUCGCGCGCUCUGCCGGGCGGGCUGAGCAGACGAGUCGAGCCCCCGCUGCCGCCGCCGCCGGAGAAGCUUGGGCGUCCGCUCGGCGUCGCCUGAUUCCCGUAACCCCCGUGCCUCCCUACCCGCGGCCGGGCCAUGGCGGAACGUGGAGGGGCGGGCGGUGGUCCCGGAGGCGCCGGGGGCGGCAGUGGCCAGCGGGGCUCUGGGGUCGCCCAGUCUCCGCCGCAGCAGCCACCGCCGCAGCAGCUGCCGCAGCAGCCGACGCCCCCCAAGCUGGCCCAGGCCACCUCGUCGUCCUCAUCCACCUCGGCGGCGGCCGCCUCCUCCUCGUCCUCGUCCACCUCCACAUCCAUGGCCGUCGCGGUGGCCUCGGGCUCUGCGACUCCCGGCGGCCCGGGGCCAGGCCGCACCCCCGCCCCCGUGCAGAUGAACCUGUACGCCACCUGGGAGGUGGACCGGAGCUCGUCCAGCUGCGUGCCCAGGUCUUAGUCAAUAUCUACAGAGAAAACUGGCUGGAGGCGUUAACUCCAAAAUGGUUUUGGAUGCACCUGCUCCUGUCUUCUUAGUCUGCAGACUCCUCCGAAUGGCAGUCUGCCUCUCAGAGCAGUAUUCUGAGCAAGACUCCCCCCAGGUAACAGUUUGGAUGUGGUAAGUGGAGUGAAUGUUAAUUGUCCCUGAGUAAAUUUAGCCUGGUUAUUGUGCUUAGAUGUAGGAAGGUGUUUUUUCUUUACAGUUUUUCUUCAAAACUGUGUGUGUGUGUGUGUGUGUGUGUGUGUGUGUGUGUGUGUGUGUGUGUGUGUCUGGCUUUGAGCUUCCUUUUGUUCCUUUUUUUUAUAAGCGAGACAGAGAUUCUUUGUAGUGUUUUUUUGUUUUUGUUUUUUUAACAGUUUAGGAGAAAACAAAAGGCUUAGGACAUCAGUUGUCAUUUAUUUGGUCCCUCCUCCUGGACCUUUUCCUGUCUGUUGUUUAGAAACACCAAAUGGCUUCAGGGGUUAGAUAGUAGCUUUUUCCUCCCAUGUCUGCGAUUAACGGUGCCUGGAAAGCACAUCGCACUCCCUCAUGUGUAACUCUACCCAUCCUCUGUGACCCUGAUCUCCUCCCAGAAGGUAACCACCAGUAGCAGUUCAGAGUGAUAUGUUAAAAUGAAAAUCAGAUCAUGUCACUCCCCUGUUCAUAAUCUUCCCAAUUCAUUCAUUUAGCAAAUGCUUGUAGACCAGCCGGCAUGUGCCACAAACAAAAUCCUUGAUCUCAUAAAGUAUACAUUCUGCUGGGUGAAGAUAAGAGACCCUAUCAAAUAACUUUUCAUCACACUUAGAGUAAAACCCUUUUUAUGACUUAGGAGAUACUUCGUGGUGGGACUGUUCCCGUGGCUUCCACCUCAUUGCUACCAUUCUCCCCGUGCUCACCUGGCUCUGGGCAAGCUGGGCCCGGGCACAGUCACCCUGCCUUUGGGCUUUUGCACUUGCUGUUCCCUCUACCCGGAAUGCUGUGUCCCCAGAUCAUUGUGUGGCUGCCUUCUGGGUAUCAUUCAGGUCUCAGCUGACCUGCUACCUUGGAAAGCUUCUCUCACCUGCCCAUUGCAUUCCGGGAGUUUAUAAAUCUUCUUCACACCAGUUACCAUCAUCUGAAAUAAUCCUGUUCAUUACUUUACAUAGUAGUUACUUUAUAGGUGCUUAAUGGAUACAUUUGUCAAUGAGCAGUGCCUGUUUAUUUGUAAAGUUUAUUGAAUGAAAAUCUAUCCUCCACGAUUCUUUCAUUCAACAAAUAUUUUUUGAGUAUUUCUAUAUGCCAAAUACUGCUCCAGGUGCUGGGGAACCAGCAGCAAACUGGUUGACGAAGUCCAUUCUCUCCUAGAGUGAACAUUCUUGUGGAGGGAGACGGAAAAUAAACACUUAAUUCGGUCUAUAGUGAAUAGUCAGGUGGUGAGUAGUGCCAUGAGGAAAAACAAAGCGGAGUGGGGACUUGAGAGGGUUGGGUAGUGUGGUCAGAGAAGGCCUCUGGUGAGGUGCUGUUUGG